AUGAUGGCGUCCUGCUUGGCAGGCACCUGCAUACUAACUACAAGUGAGACUGGCAGAAUAUGUAGUGCAAGCAAACGUCACAACGGCCCCGAGGACCGCGCUGCCGUUAGCCAAGCUGGGUCCUGCAGCGGCGCACCCAUGAAUUGCCGCGUGCCGUUGGCGUCACACGGGGCGGCCCAUGCCAACCGGCGGGUUUUGCCGCUUGGAAUGCAAGCGCGUCACCUGGGAGGGGCGUCGUUCAAACCCAUGGCGGUUUGCAGCGUUCAGAACGACGGUGCAGGAAGUGGACCAAGGGGCCCGAAGUUGACAGUCAAGGUCGUUGAAUACUUUAUGCUCCUGGAGGCGUCGCCGCAAUGCUCGGAGGAGGAGCUGCUGGCGGCCUUGGGGGAAAUGUGGACUCUGCAGUAUUUGGUGCCCAACGUGCUGUGCGCCUCCGCCGGCGCCGUAGUGCAGGUCGGGGACAACCCAGUUUCCGGCCCCGGUGUCCCGCCGGGCCCCCUAUCUGGCUUCACGCACGCUCUGCAUUACCGCUUCGGCAACGUCGAGGUGGCGGAUGGCUUCCGACGGUCCGACAAGGUGCGCGAGGCGACGGCCACUCAGCUGGCGCGCCGGUUUGAUCGGAUAGUGGAGCUCGCAGCGGUGGUGGAGGUUCCCAACGAGCUGGGGGCAAUCUUCAGGCGGGGCGGCGCCUGGGAGGCUGGCGUGGAGCACGUGCUGGUGGCGGAAGUCGCGUCAGAGGAUGCGGCGCAGGGCGCGGCGCAGUUUCUGGCGGCGCUGGGGGAACUGGCCACGAGCUCGGCCUGCGGCGCACUGCUCAGCUCAUCGGGCCCUGUGGCCCGGAUUGGAGUUGAGGAGGGGGGCGCCGCGCCGAUGCUGGCGAUGGUGACGCAGGUGCCAGGUGUGGAGGGGGCAUCGGCGUUUGUGGGACUGCCGCCCGUACAGGGACUCCUGGAGGGUAGGGACAGUUCUGGGGUGCUGCGCCCUCUGAUGUCGCUGUGCUUCGAAGUGGCACCCACAGAGGGCCGGCGCUCCAGUUCUCCGGCGGACGGGAGGCUGCCUUAG